AACUUGUAUAUGAGAGUUCUGGAGACUGAAGACUCAAAUGAAAUCAAGUUGGAUUACUACAACUUUACUCUGACUGGAUCUACACCUGCUCGGGUCAUACUGUACCAACUGCAGUUUGUGGCUGGGACCAUUUCCCACUGUUCUGUGACAUAGAUUGUUCUGGCCAGGAGAUGCAGAAGAACACUAAGAAGAACCGGGUCAAGAACACGGGCCAGCAGCAGAGAGCUCCAGCAUUUAAUGCCUUGACCAAACAAGGCAACCACUUUGCGUUGCUCACAGACAGUCGAUCCCCUCUACUGCCGUCUAUCUGCUUCCGUGGAGGAGCAGCCGACAUCUUCGCUACCAGCAGCCAGGGGGCGCCGUUCCUCUCAGGACCGGCCGCGGCACUCCACCUGGCCCAGAUCGAAGCUCAGCUUAUCUUGCGCCAGCUCACUGCCAUCACUGUAGCCAGUAAUCUCAGCAACCAGCAACUGGCCCUGCUCCACCUUCUCCAGACAGCAGCAGCCGCCAACAACAAAAGUAACGUGCAGCCGCUUGCCUCCAUCAUGUACCAGCAACAGGGGGCUCCCUUUAACAGGCCCAGGGCCAUGCCGUUCCGACCGCAACAACCGGGCCACGUUAUGGGUGCCAACAUGCCCCAGAUGAACAACUACCCGGUGGGUCGGUUUCCGCCGCCAACCCAUCUGCCCGAGAAGCAGGAGUCGGCCAUCUCGGUCUGCAUUCAGGGUGGGAGGCAUGAGGACAUCCGCCUGACCAACCAGAUGACCCAGAUCUCCCGGCAGCAUUGCGCGGACCCCCAUCUGCCCGGGGGCGGUCAAAGUCACAGGUCGGAAACUGGUUAUUCAAACAGCAGUAACCUCAUCCCACUCUCCUCCGACAACCAGCCGUAUCAGAGGCAAGAUCUGGAGUGGUCCGAAUACCAGACUCCCAAUAAUGUCUUUGCCCCCAAUCAACAGCAGCAACGGCAGCAGCCCCAGCAGUUGUCGCACCCCCACGCUAACCCCAACCCCAGGCCGCCGGGUGGCGGCGCGCAAAACUGGAACGUGCCCGUUUCUGACCAGGGGCGUCCGCAAGGCGGCGACAUGCAGAAUAUGUACGUUCCAGAAAGCGCGGGCAGUAUCCUGGCUAGCUUCGGCUUGUCGAACGACGACCUGGAGUUUCUCAGCCAUUACCCUGACGAUCAGCUGACUCCAGACACGCUGCCCUUAAUCCUACGGGACAUAAAAAUACAAAAAACAACCCGAACGACGGACCCCCCUCCCACAUUCUCGGAAAAUCUCCCUCCUUUUUCUGACCGACCGCCGCCACCUCGCCUCUCCCUGCCUCAGCUGCGUCCCGCGCUGCCGCGUUCGCCAGACAUUCCGAGUUUUCUGAGCGUAGCGCAAAUAGCGGGCAAAGUCAUCGACUAUGGCCACGCAAGCAGGGCGGCGGAGGAGGGCAGAGACUCUUUCAAACGCGAGCCGCUGCCCAAGGAGAGCCCGACAAAAGCGGAGUACAAGCAACGUAAAGCUGAAUCCCCGGGGCGGCGCCGCUCCAGCGACGGCUCCCCUCACGUACAAAAAUACAGAGAGAACAAAGACUACAAGAGGCGGACGCCAAGUCCCGGUGCUCCCAAGCACAAACGUGCACUCGUCAGAGAGCCGCCGCCAACGUCUCGGUCAGAACGCGACGUGCCCAGAAUGAAGCCGUCGUCUGAGGCCAGAAGUGAUUCUUUGAAAUCAGCCAGACCCUCAGAAUCCAAACACAUCUCUGGCGCCCACAAGAGCCUUCCAACGCCUACCAUGAUAAGUGAUUUCUCGGCGGACCCUCCAAAGGUGUACCCCCACACCUGCUCCCUGUGUGAGACGCAGUGUGAACGGGAAAAGGACUGGACCUACCAUGUGAACACAGUGAACCACACUGCUAGCUGCAGAGAUCUGCGCAACAGGUAUCCAGGCUGGAAACCGGACUUGCCACGGAAGGGCUCGGAGGCCUGUUCCACCUGGCGUUCCCUAGACCGCUCCGCCUCCCGGUCAGUGUCCCGUUCCCUGUCCUGCUCCCCAACACCACCCCCAGACCGUCGCAAAAGGGCCUCCCCGCCUACCUCAGUGCGACGUCACCGAGAGUCUCACUCACCCCGGCACCCACUCCAACCUCCCCAUGGACAUGGACAUCGCCCCUCUGGCCGAUACAGUCCCCUCCAGUCACGUAGGGGCCCCACAGGUGUAUCUACUAGCCGCGGCCUGAAGCGCUCAAGCGAGGACACGGCCAAGCGUCUUACUGGCUCCUCCUCUCAGUCUUCUGGAGGACGGUCGUCUACCGGCAAGUCUGGGAACCACCCCUCUCUAAAGGUAGCCAAACCUGGGGACAAGCCAGCAGUGGGGAAGGAGGCCGCCCCUGGACAAAGCUCUGAGAAGACGUUAAAGCCAACUCCAAAACUGCAGAAAAAGCAGCCUCCAGGUUCCUGCCUGCUAUAUCUGACGGGCCUUCCUGCAGACGCCAAAUACCAGGAAGUGGUGUCGCUGGUUCAGGCCUUCGGCAAGGUCGACAACGUCCUCAUUGUAAAGAGCGAGGAACCGGCGGAGAAUCAGGGCCCGCGGCAGUACGCUCAUGCCACCGUGUGCAUGCAUAACGAGCAAGAAGCGAAGGUUUUGGCCGCUUGCUGCACCCUCUCCAUACGGGAUCAUCCCAUCACUGUCUCCGACAAGGAACCCGAGGAUACAACUAACUCCUCAAUACCUGUUAUUAUAAAGGGACAUGUGGAGGGUGCUUCCAAAACGACUAAGGACCCCAGUAAUAUCAACUCAACCAUCGAAAGCCCAGAAACCAGCGUUGUUCGGGAGAAGAUUAAGGAGAGAGGUGUGGUCAAGAUUGCUGGUCUUCCAAAAGGCGAUUGCUUGGACUUGGAGGGUGAGAUCACUAAGCUAGCUGAGCCCUACGGAACCCCUGUCAAGAUCCUCGUCAUCACUGACCCUAAAGAGGCUGUUGUCACUAUGCCCGACGUAGAGUCAGCCCAGGAGAUGCUGAAGGCAUACGAUAAAACGCCUGCCCUCAUUAAUGACUCGGUUCUGAACAUGAUGCCGCUACCACCAAACCUUGAAUUGGACUUAAACAGACCGGUGGCACUUUUCCAGUCGUUGAUGGGACCAAGGAACCCUGCGAGUGAGGCCGAGGCGGCAGACGACUGGAAAUGCCUUCUGGUGGUCAACAACGUGCCGCAGACGCCCUCCGGCCCCACAGAAGUCCGUGGGCUGGUUAAACGCUUCGGCACGGUUCAACAGGCUCUGGCCCUAAAGGACAUGAUCAUCUUCGAGAUGGAAACGGCAGACAUGGCCCAGAAAGUCUUCAACCGAUUCCAAACGUAUCCCUGCAUUAUCCAGAACAACCCGCUCUCCUUCACCUGGAAACCAGAUCCUGUUCCUGAUCCAGAGGCUAAUACGCUUAAAGGCGACAUUUCUGCUGGUGUAGAGGCUGUAGGGACUACGCCUGCUGAUGAGGCAGUGGGUGCUCCUGACCAGUCAGUGUUAAAGGUGGAGACCAGGACAGGGGAGGUUGGAGGAAAGAAUCCUGGGGAUGAAGAAGAGGAGGAGGAGGAGGAAGGAGGAGAGGUUAAAACAGAACUUCAAGAGGUGGCCACGGCGUUGGAAGGAACGGAUGAGAAACCCAGUGACACAGCAUUGAACCAGGUAGAGGUCACGGCACCCAACACUGAGGUCCUGCCCAGAGGUCAGAGUGGAGGUGAGGUCACAGACAAGGUCCUUAACAUUUUAACGGCAGACUCCGACAAAGAUAAACAAGCGGUCGCCUUGGGUUCUACCCGCGCAACUCCGUCUGCUACAACAGGGAUCAAGUGCUCAGAAGUCCCCGUCUCCGGCCCGUCGCCAACAGUGAUGGCAGCCGUCAUAGAGGCCCUAAGACAGGAGAGCAGGAAUAGAUCUUCUGCGAGCUCAAAGAAUACCACAGAGAAGACCCCAGCCGACAAACCUACAGAUAAGCAGACCCCGGUUGUCCAGCCCCCCCCCGCCCUACCCAAGGUGACCCCGGAGAUUCUGAAGGCUCUGUUAGAGGAAUGCAGGGCGCGGUCGUCCAGCAGAGCCAAUGCUGAGCAUACCAAGAAGGACAAGGAACCAGUGCCCCCCGCAGGCCAAAAGGCAGACGCCGGAAGAGAACGAGUCGCCAAGCGGAAGACCCACGAUGAGGAGAGGGAGAGCGAGAGGAAGCAGAGGGAGAAGAGGCGGAAGGUUCAGGAGGAGAAGGUGGAGAAAGAGAGGAGGGAGAGGGAGAAGAGGCAGUGCCAGAGGGAGGGGUCAUCCGGAUCGGCUAAAUCCAGGUCUGAAGGGAGUCGGCCCAGUGGGAGAAGCCCCAGGUCUGAGUCCAGGAGAGGAUAUGGAGAGAACAGGACCUCCCCUGUGUUGCAGAGCAACAAACAACAGGUAGAAGAGGGGGAGGAGGUUGGUGAGGAGACCACGCCCUUUGACCUGGAGGACUUUGUGACGCUGGACGAGGUGGAAGAUGUAGCCGAGGUGAUCACAAAAGAUGCCACAGAGUCGAGAGAGCCGACCGGCCACGAUGCAACCACCACAUCUGCCCUGGAGACCGAGAGCCAGGCUGACCCUACUCCAGCAGAGGCUGCUGACCCUGGGAACCCAGUGGAACUAGGAGAGAAGGACCAGGAGAAGGAGUCGUCAGGGUCCCCAGCAACCACGGAGGAGCAGUCAGUGAAGACUGAAGAGGGAACCGGGGUGCUGGAAGCCGAGAAUGUUCCAGAGCUUCGGGAUGACCGUACAGAGCUUGUAGCUACUGUGCCAAAGACAACCUGUGAUGAGGUCACCGAGGCUUCAGAUGUGAAAGGUCCCAUUGAUGCGACGCCUGCAGACAUACCUGCUGUCAGUGGAAAAGAGGAGGAAGAAGAAAAGGACAGCCCAGUAGAGAUGAAGGGAAAAAGUAAGUCUCAGGAGGAGAGCGAAGAGACCGUGAAGAAGAAGAUUAAGUUGGAGCCCCUGUUUCAUGAAGACUACACUAUUCCUCCUUUCACCCCUGACUGUCCUGUUGGUAUGGAGUUCCUAGUCCCCAAGUCAGGAUUCUUCUGCAAGGUGUGUUCUAAGUUUUACAGUGGAACCGAUGAGGCCAAGAAGAACCACUGCAAGAGCCUGAAGCAUUAUCAGAACCUUGAGAAAUCCCUGGAUAAAUGGAGAGCAAAGAAAGAAGGAAGCUCCAUGGCAAGCUGAAUAAUUCAAAAUGGACUACUCUGAGUCUUAAAUGGCACUGUAUUCCCUAUUUAAGUGCUCUACAUUUCACUUGAGCCCUGGUCAACAGUACAUCAAACAAAAAUAGUAUGCCAUUUUGGACAGAACCACUUACUGACUGAUUCAUUCCUGUCUUAACUGUUUUCAGUUUUUUUGUGAGGAGACUGUUGUAAAUGUUUAAUUUUGUUAGUAACCUAAUUUCCCAUAAUUAAGAAAUGUGACUCAAAAGAAAUAGACAAGUGUGAACAGAAAUUGUUUUUUUUCCAGUAAUAAAUCAUUAAUCAUU